AAAAAUUACUCCAUCAUGAGCAACAGGGCACUUCGAAGAUUGCAGAAGCAAGAGCUUGAGACGACGUCCGACGAUGAGCCUGAGUAUGUGCCGCGGCGGGCGACGAAUGCAUUUGCACUGUUAGGCGACGACAGCGACGGAGGUGAGAGCGAAGAGCAGGAACCGGAUAGAGAACAGUAUAUAGAACAGGCACCAGAACCAAAGCCCCAGCCCGUCAAGAAAGGAAAGAAAUCGAGGAAAAAGAAGUCGCCGCAUCCUGAGGACGAUGAUAUUGAUGCAAUUCUUGCACAGCUCCAGAUCUCCACUCAGACCACCGAUCAAGACAAGCCUUGCGACAGCUUCGACGGCCCAUUCGAGAAUUUAGUCGAUGGUGCAUCUGAAUUGACCGCCGCGCGGCUCCAAAGUGCCCUUCCGUUGCUCCAGUUUGAUCCGCGCGAUCUGGAUCCGGACAGAGAGUUUGAGGCCGUUUUCGGCAAACUCUCGUCAGCGGCCGUCGACGACGCAGACGCCACGCCGUCCAUGUUUGUGAGUCCGGACGUGUUGAAGCAAAUCAAACUGCUGAGCAAGCGGGUGCGUGGCUGGUGUGGUAGAGAUCGCCGCUCGAUCCCGGGAACUUCCCGCAAGCUCCUGAUGUGUAAGAUCCGCGACGACUGGAUCCCAACGCCUAAGAAACCGCUUUCGAUGGAAAUGGUGCCUGGCAGCACCCAUGAUUUUUGCGUUGUCGAGACACCAGCCUAUCCGCGAGCAAUUACCACACAGUUUUACAUAUAUACCGUCAUCCAUCCCGACCAUGAGGCACUAAUUCACCUGCUCCAGCAGUACCCGUAUCAUCUUGAAACGAUCUUGCAGGUAACAUCGAUUCUCCAGCGCCAGGGCGACAAUUCGAACACCAACGGGCUCAUAGAACGGGCACUUUUUGUUUUUGAUUGGAGCUUGCGAACCAACUUCCAGCUCGGAAGUGGUGACUGUCGCUUGCCUUUUGAGUAUUUUCUCAAUAGACAGUGUUAUCUCACAGUGUUCAAAUAUAUCACCGUGUUGACCCAGAAAUCUACCUUUUACACGGCCCUCAACUACUGCAAGUUGCUACUGUCGUUUGACCCUGCCGGCGACCCGUACGGAGUCAGAUAUUUUAUUGAUUUUUACGCCGUGAUGGCCGGCGAAUUCCAGUAUCUGGUAGACCUGUGCAAUAGCUUCCUGGUCAAGACCUAUAGGGAGUGGCUGACUCCGCCGUUGGCAUACUCUCUAGCCAUCUGCCAGUACAAAAUAGACCCCACGGCUGCCACAGACGCUCUGUCCAGGGCUUACAAUACGUAUCCUUACACAGGUGAGAUGUUGCUCCACAAACUGGCCGCACAAAAAGAACCUUCUUCAAGGGUGUCUGAUUACAUCAAGCUGGCUACCGCGGUUUAUCUAACUCGCGUGGAAAUGAUGCUUGAGGAGACAGAAUGCCGGGGAUGGAUGGUAGCCGAGCUCAAAAAAGCUGUCCAAAAGGGCAAAAAGGCCGGUGUGCAGUUUGACAAGAAGGAGAUCCCAGAGAACUUGCUCCGUCACGUGAUCUUGUCAAACGAGACGAAUGCCAUGGCGCGCAUUCCUAUGCAGUUCUGGAAAGACCAUGAGAUCUUUGAAUUUGACGUGCUGCCACCAAAACAGGGCGAAGGCACCACCAUUUUUGACCACAUCGACCAGGCCCGUGUGAGCAAUGCCAUCAUCCACCAAAGCAUGGAGCAGGAGGAGGAACGGCAGAUUGCAGAGCUAAUUCGCCGCACCGCAGAGCAGGAAAACUAGAUCACAGAUAGACCCUGUUGGAUGGUAUGUGCGACGAGAUUGUCACCCUGGAACAACUCCCCAGUCAUGAUGCAUUUGCUGUCACCGCAACUGAGGCUCUUGACGCCGUGCACGAGCCAUUGGUGGUCUGCAACAGGCUCUCUAAAAUAUAUAAUGUGAUCCAGUGAAACAGAAAUUUUAGUCGUCAUCAAUGGACGCAUAUUUAGUCGCAUGUUGGUGUUCAGGUAGAAGUAAUCUGUUAGAUACGCCGUGAUGCCCCAUCUCUGGAUUUCGUUAGCGGCGGGGAACUUUGGCCGCAAUUUGUACCACAAUGUGCGUUCAGAUACGGGGAGUUUUUUCUCUGGUUCUGAUACCUGUGCCAGAUCAAACAUGUGCGGCGGGAACUGCCAUUCGAUGGGCUCGUUGUUGUAAAAGUGUUUUAGGCUGUGCAGCUCGCCUUGGCGACCGUUGGAUUCUGCCCAAAGCUCGAAAGCUGUAUUUUGGUCGACAAGCCCAUCCACAGCAGGCGGGUUUCGGUGAUGGUGUAGCUGGCCGGUGACUUUACCUGCGGUUCCCUCCAGGAGGGUUUUCUGGAUCGUGCAAACGGCGUUGAAGGCCAGUUUUUCACCCUGUAACAGCCGCACCUCCUUCACCUGGUAGUUUUUGCUCACUUUGAGGUCCUCUACUUUGUACACAAGCGGCAUGUCAGGUUGUACUGCGGCUAGAAAGUGGCAAUGAAUCGAAAGCGGUUUCCAUUCGCCGCACUGCUCGGUCUGCAGCGCGGCCACUAUGGCCUGUGCAGCAAGCGCUCCUCCAUACAGUCCGCGGCCUCGAAAAGGGACCACCAUGUGCGAGUCGUUCACAAACACGUUGUGCUGCGU